GACCGCUCGCACAACAGCGCCCUCGCACCGGAAAACCAGGCGGUCGACCUAAGCGCUGCGGCGAAGGGAGGAGAAGAAGGACAGGAAACAAUAGAGGUCGAGCAUUCUUCGAAAUGAGGAUUGAGGAGGUCCAAUCCACCACAAAAAAGCAGCGCAUAGCCACUCACACCCACAUCAAAGGCCUUGGUCUUGAUGUGAGUGGGAACGCCAUGGCCAUGGCUGCUGGGUUUGUAGGGCAAGUGGCUGCCAGGGAAGCGGCAGGGUUAGUUGUGGACAUGAUCCGCCAGAAAAAGAUGGCCGGCCGGGCGCUGCUCUUUGCUGGUCCUCCAAGCACUGGAAAGACGGCGCUGGCUCUAGGGAUUGCUCAGGAGCUCGGGACGAAGGUCCCAUUCUGCCCAAUGGUUGGGUCAGAGGUUUAUUCAUCAGAGGUGAAGAAGACUGAAGUGCUCAUGGAAAAUUUUAGGAGAGCUAUAGGCUUGCGUAUAAAGGAGAACAAGGAGGUUUACGAAGGAGAGGUGACUGAGCUCUCUCCAGAAGAAACAGAGAGUACAACAGGAGGCUAUGGAAAAAGUAUUAGUCACAUCAUCAUUGGACUAAAAACUGUCAAAGGAACCAAACAGCUGAAAUUGGAUCCCACCAUUUAUGAUGCUCUAAUAAAAGAAAAGGUUGCUGUAGGUGAUGUAAUAUACAUUGAAGCAAAUAGUGGUGCUGUUAAGCGAGUAGGUAGGUGUGAUGCAUUUGCUACAGAAUUUGAUCUCGAAGCUGAAGAAUAUGUUCCGAUUCCCAAAGGAGAAGUGCACAAGAAAAAGGAAAUUGUGCAGGAUGUUACACUACAUGAUCUUGAUGCUGCUAAUGCUCGCCCACAAGGAGGGCAGGACAUACUGUCUCUUAUGGGGCAGAUGAUGAAACCUAGGAAAACUGAGAUCACAGACAAAUUACGACAGGAAAUUAACAAGGUGGUUAAUAGGUAUAUUGAUGAAGGCGUUGCGGAGCUUGUACCGGGGGUAUUAUUCAUCGAUGAGGUUCACUUGCUUGACAUGGAAUGCUUUUCUUACCUCAAUCGUGCUUUGGAGAGCUCAUUAUCACCAAUUGUCAUAUUUGCUACCAAUAGAGGAAUAUGCAACGUAAGAGGAACAGAUAUGACUAGUCCACAUGGCAUACCAGUGGACCUACUUGAUCGGCUUGUGAUUGUACGUACAGAAACUUAUGGUCCUACUGAGAUGAUUCAGAUUUUGGCUAUUCGUGCUCAAGUUGAAGAGCUGGCUAUUGAUGAAGAGAGCUUAGCCUAUCUUGGAGAGAUAGGACAGCAUGCAUCAUUAAGGCAUGCCAUUCAGUUGAUGUCACCAGCCAGCAUUGUGGCCAAAACAAAUGGAAGAGAUAAAAUCUGCAAGGCUGAUAUUGAGGAAGUUAGUGCUCUUUAUCUUGACGCCAAAUCUUCUGCUAGACUUCUUCAGGAGCAGCAGGAGAGAUAUAUCUCCUGAUGAUCCAUUAACUGUUCAUCUUUGCAACAAACCUCAAGUACUGAGGCAUCGCCAAAUGCUCCUAUCAUUCAUUCCUUCUCUUCAGUUUUCACUCGUCAUUUGGCCAUCGCUGCUUCUGAGCUUCUGCUGUCAUUGAAAGAAAUGGAGGAGAUUCUUCUGCCAAUGAAAUGUGGGUGUUAGAUUUUGAAGGAAAGGUGCAGAAGAAAAUGCUGAGAUUUUGAUUUGGAUUUGUUUUAUGUAAGCUUUGAAAUGGCAAUUUGAGGUUUUAUUAUUAAGCAGGAUUUAGGUCUCGUUUUGGUCGAUUCCUUUAUUAUUGACAGAUUCAAAUUACUUCCUGUAACAACAAAUUUUCCUUUUACUUGCUUUCUUUGCAUUUGUUUGGUCAUAGAAUUUUUAUGGAAAUUAUUUGUUGCAACCGAUUUUUAUUUA